AUGGAUCCUUUAAUCGCACAAGAAGGAUUGGAAGUUCUAGACGUACUUCCGAAACGGAUUACCCGCCCAUGGGCCGAGCUGGACAAAUUGGUGCCGUCACUGCCACCGCUUCCUGCUGAAGGAAAACUUAAACGGCUGGCACGCGGUCUGGAACGAUUUCCCAAAUGCCUUUUGCACAUGGACUUGCGCGAUGGUCGCUCUCAUGCCCGCCGCCCUUUCUGCAUGGGCUUGCUAGCACUUGGCAUAUAUCGGAGCUGGAAUCAGCGUCAUAGACUGGGUGUGCUGGUUGCGAAUUUGGGCCACAACGACUUCGGCGUCAAUGCCCUACUGCCUCAGUCCCACCCCAAAAUUCCUUUCCAUAUUUGGAUUAGCGCGGUUGCUGGAUCUACUAAAACCUUAUCUCAGCAAGCUCAGACGGGAUGGGGAGAGAGCCUAGUGAAUUGGAACCCUGGCUACUACCACCCACAGAAGCCCUACUGUUUGAACGAACAAGCCUGGAAUCCCCUUGUCACCCCACCUGUUAAUUCACGUGACCUAACGGGCGACGAAUAG